AUGCCGGAUUGGCGAUACAACGUUCUGUCGACGAGCGAAGCGUACAUAGACGCCGAAGGGGGUCCACCUCGUGAUCCUUUUGCUGCUAGUUAUCCACGCCGCGCCGAUCGUUCUCGACCACCUCACACUUGUCCGUAUACCACAAUUUUUCUCGGAACGCGAACGCAUGUUCCUUACCGCUUGACACCAGUACAGAGUGAGAAUGGCGACCAAUAUGCUGACGCCUAUUCAGUUGAUCGUUCGUCUAAUCUCACGGAUACGUCGAGUUUCGCUCGCUACGAAGAUUGUCGUUCACAAUUGGACAGUAGUCUGAUACCUAAGCGAGAUAACCCAUAUUCUAACGAUAAACUAGAUGGAAACGUAACCCUGCAAGUUCAAAAAGUGCCAUACACGUCGGGUGUUUUUUAUGUGGCGGCUAAAUCAGAAUCUGUCAAAGAUGUUCAGGGAAAUACUUUAUAUCCAUGUGAAGCGUCAGAUUCUGAUGCCUUGUCUUCGUGCACUUGCGACAGUUUCGAACGAUGCGAGUUUGAUUGUAGAGAUUUUGAACCGUUCUCGGAUACUUGUUGUUGCGAUCCACUCAGCGACGGAGUAUGUAGUCGUAGUCCUAAGGAGGUCGACUCCCCCGAACACUUUUGUGAUCGAGUUGUGGAAGAAGAUCGUGUCUCUGCACGAAGUGACAUGGACGGUCUGGAUUUAACUCUGUUUGAACCAGCGCAAACUGAUUCUAAUGAUUGUGGAGAAGAAUCUACAGAACGAAAUUCUGCCUCUGCUGCAGCAACUCUAUGUGGCGUGUUGUAUGCUCUUCCUAACACAGACAAUGAUGCAGCGACGAGCGCGGUCAGCGGUGCCGCUGUUGGCAUACCUCCUUCUUGGGAGCCAUUUUACUGCGUCCUGCAGCAAGAUAGACGGACACUCACAGCUUACACUAGUGAAGAGUUAGCUGCACAAAAUAAUAAUGGAGAAUAUGCAACACGAAGUUUGCCACGAGUAAGGAUAGAUGGCGGUAAUAAUAUUGGAAAUGGUGUAAGACUACGAUGCUGGGCUGCACCUCCUUCUAUUACUGAAGAAGAGGUUGAAGAUGAAAUAGAAGAAGACGCUGUAUCAUUACGAGCUUUACCAUCUCAAGACACAUCUUACGAGAAAGCAUGUCGGCGAGGUUCAGCCCCAAGCACACCCGUCCCCGGGGCACAAGCGCAACACAGUCCUUCUCGUCUCGCCUCCUUCUUCUUUUCCAAGAGGUCGUUCAGAGGACCUCUCAAACGGACAAAAUCAGCUACAAAGCUGGAAAGAGAGCGAGCACUCGCGGCAGUACCUACACACCCAGCUACACACGCGUUAAGAACUUCAAGAUCACAUGAAAGUCUUCUAUCGGCACAUUCGCAAGCUGUUUCCACAAUGGAUCUCGGACCACCUAAUCAGCUUGAGAUCCGUGCUCUACAUUCAUCAGUUUUGGGGAGGCCGCAUUGUUUUGCACUGAGCGCUGAGAAUCGUGCGCCACGUUAUUUCGCAUGCGCCUCACGAAAAGAGCGCGACCGCUGGAUAUACAGUUUACGGCAAGCAGCGCGGCCGGAUGAGAUGCGAACGCGCAGAUGUGAGAGGACUGUUAAACUGUGGCUGUUAGAGGCGAAAGCCAUACCUCCCAAGAAACGAUAUUACUGUGAAAUACUCCUUGAUGAUACAUUAUAUGCAAGAUCGUCAUCAAAGCUGAAAACUGAGCUCUGCUUUUGGGGCGAGGUCUACGAGUUCAGCGCACUGCCGCCCGUGCGCGCCAUACACGUCAACGUCUAUCGUGAACCCGAGCGACGCGGGCGCAAGCGGGACAAACACGCUCUUGUUGGCACAGUACGCAUCCCGGUCGACGACGUAUCGUCGCGAUACCUCAACGAGCGGUGGUACCCGGUGAGCGAGGACAAGCCGCAGUCGCCGGGCCGCGCGCCCGCGCCGCCGCCCGCGCUGCGCAUCAAGUGCCGCUACCAGUGCGUCGACGUGCUGCCCCUCGACUGCUAUGCGCGCUUCCUCGACUACCUCAAGCGGAACUACCGCCGGCUCUGCGAGUACCUCGAGCCGGUCAUCGGUGUGAAAGCGAAGGAGGACAUAGGUUGCGCGCUGGUGCUGUGCAUGGCGGGCGCGGGGCUGGCGCCGCGCUACUUGGCGGACGUGGUGGCGCUGGACGUGCGCCGCACCGGCGACCACUCGCUCACCUUCCGCGGGAACUCGCUCGCCACCAAGAGCAUGGAGGCCUAUCUCAAGCUUGUUGGCGACCAGUACCUGCAGGACACGCUGGGCGCGGCGGUGGGCGCGGCGGCGGGCCCGGGCGCGGCGGAGUGCGAGGUGGACCCGCUGCGCGCGGGCGGCGGCGCGGCGCUGCGGCGCCAGCAGGCCGCGCUGCGCGACGCCGUGGCGCUCGCCUGGCGCGCCAUCGCCGCCUCCGCGCCGCGCUUCCCGCCGCCGCUGCGGGACUGCUUCGCCACCUUCCGCGAGAGGCUUUCGUCUAUGGGUCGUGAAGAUAUAUCUGAUAACUUGAUCAGUGCAUCUAUUUUCCUUCGUUUCCUUUGCCCUGCUAUUCUCUCUCCAAGUCUUUUUGGAAUAACUCACGAAUACCCGAACGAGCGGGCAGCGCGUAACUUGACGUUAGUGGCGAAGACGCUCCAGACGCUGGCGAACUUCACGCGCUUCCAAGGCAAGGAGGCCUUUAUGGAGUUCCUCAACGACUUUCUCGAGCAGGAAGCGCCCAACAUGAAGGCGUUCCUCAGAGCGAUCUCCACGCGGCCUCAAGAGCAACAACAAUUACAAUCUCAACAACAACAACAACAACAGCAGCAAGAUAGCAGCAAACGAAACUCGUCGACGUCACAAGGGUCCGUUACCGGUUCAGAAAGUUCCAGAGGCGAUAUCUCAGUAGAAGCUGAUCCUGAAUGGGCCCCACACGUUGACUUGGGAAAACAACUAGCAACGUUGCAUGGACUGUUAGCUGACAGCUUACCCAAGCUUCCUACUGGGAAGAUACAAGAGUUGGAUCCAUUGUCUGAAAUUUUGGACGAUCUUAAUAAGAGGUUAAUGAGUAACGAUAACGGACCGAUGCCAGUAGGCGAUAAUAUCUUCAGGUUCAACGAUCCCACUUGCAACACACCAACGAAACAGAACGUCGAUGUACCAACAAAUGGUCCGCUGAAUAACAAUUUCGCUCAUAGCUCGCCCAUCAUGAACAAAAACGGCGUUCAGUUCAACAUUAGCCCAUCUAAAUCCAACGCUGAAGAAUCUAAGUACAAAGGAUCAUAUGUGACCGUUUCUAAAUCGCCCAGUUUCAAUUUACGCUCAGCAACGCUUCCGAGAAAUGGAUACGGAUCGAAUCCUGUCAAUCAAAAUGUAAACCCAGAUAGAUACAGUUCUCAAUACAACAAUCAGGAACACUGCGUUAACUUAAAAGUCGUUCAGAUUGGCUUUGGCUCGGACCAAUAUCCCAAAGGCAUUAACAAUGGUUUAAACGAAAGCUUGGAGAGACGAUUCCAGGAGAGGUACAAACCAAAUAAUUUCAAUCAACAAACACAUUACCACAAUUCCAACUAUAACAGCACUGAAAGAUCACCUAGCAGCGACAGUAUUAACCAUAAUUAUUGCUCCAAUGACAUGCAAAACAUUAUGAAAGAAACUGCGACGUUGGACGAACUGUCUGAUCUCUUAAAAUAUGCAGAUGAUUCUGAUAUAGUAGAUGAAAAAAUUAUGAACAAGAAAAAUAUGUCCCAGUCGAAAUCAAACAAUAACAACAUAAUAAACAACAACAAAAAUUCUUAUACAAAUAACGGUUCAAACGUUUCAAUCAGUGGAUUAUCGAAUGUUGCGAGCUCUGGAUAUCAAAGUAUCGCAACAUACAGUCAAAGCUCUAGUCCUAUCGAAAACACAACACACCACCACCCGCCGUAUGAAAACGGAGGACAACCGAUGAGCCGGUAUUCACAGCUAAAUUACCAAAAACAGAGAGACAAACAGUAUUAUGACAGUAAAAACGAAAAAUUCUAUCCAAAGAGCCCAGUGCAACAGAAAAUUGAAUACGAUAUUCAGAAAUAUGGUAUACAAAAUUUCACAACGGCUGAUAACGUUCAAACUAAUACAAAUGCCAAUACAAAAAUAGCUCCUCUUGUUUUCACGAAUCCUGUCUACAAUAUGGAGGAUAAUCGACAAUCGCAGGAAAUCAAGAAAACUAAUGAGAAUAGAAACUCCAAACGAUGUCCAUGUGGCUCAUCCAGUUCAUCCAUCGAUGAGGAGGGCUUGAGCACAGACAAUGUGGAGACUAACUCCGAAGAGGGUUCUUCCAACUUUAACGACGAUGGUAGAAACUUUGACCAACAGAACCGCAACAAUACCCACCGAAAACUCGCCAGAGAUAAUUGUUAUUACGAGGAUUUAUAUCAGAGAAACAAUCAAAGUCACUCUCCUAGAAUAAGGGAAGAAGAAUCUUCAAGCAAUUCUCCAAGUUUAAGGAAAAGUAGUAAAACUCGAAUGCCCAGAACAAAUCCUAUGCUCUCUUACUCGACUAAUCAAAAUCAGCUUAACCUUAAGCAUUUCGGCCAAAGAGGUGAGUCGCUGUAUGAAAGUAAGCCACACCACAUUUCGACAGAUUCUGGUUACCCAAUGAGCAGAUCUGAAUCAAACGUGGAGGAAGUUAACAAAGAAAUGUAUCGACUUCAAAUAUCUCGAAGUCAAAAAGCGUUGUACAAUAUGGAAAACUCAAAAAACUCACCGGAAAAGUUUUUAACAGAUAGUGCUAUGCCGGAAACAAAUUAUCCUUUGGAUAGAACAUACUCAGGUGCAAAAAUAUCGAGUAGCAGGUUGAACGAGGAUUUGGAAAGACACCAAGACUACUUUGGUGUAGGAGAGAGACGUGAAUCGCCUUCCAGAGUGUUUAAUCGUGAGUCGCACCCUACUGAGGCCAGCGAGAGAGUCCCAGUAAGGCCUGAAAGGGAAAUCCCCGUGAGAGAUAAGUUACAGCGACGACUUAGCUUAGAGUCUGCGAGGGAAUUAACUGACAGCUCUGAUGAGGUGGACGACACAUUAUACAGCACUACUGGAAGACGACGCACUAAGCACCACAGAACGAUUGAACAGUAUGAACGUGAAAUAGAGAGGCUAAAAUGUUCAGUGGAAAUGUUAAGAGGACGCCUGGGGCCAACUGACUCUGGUCAGGAUCAUACCGAUGCUAAGAUGAAGGCUAUUAUAUCCAGGCUGAUUUGCGUCGAGGAGGAGUUACGGCGGGAGCAGCGCAAGAUGGCGGCAGCGCUGUCGCACAAGCAGCGCGUCAUCGAGGCGCAGGAGCACCGCAUCGCGGCGCUGGACGAGGCCAACACGCGCCUGCUGUCCGCGCUCGUGCACCUGCAGCAGCGCGCGCCGCACCCCGCGCCGCUCGGCAGCCCGCACGCGCCCCACAACAGCGCGCACGCGCCCCACUCCCCCCACUCGCACUCCCCCCACUCGCAGCACUCGCACCAGGAGCUACAGAUAUGA